AUGCCCUCGGACGCCGAGCAGGGGGGCGCAACGCUGGAGGAGGGCGCUACAAAGAAAAGCGGUUCGUCCAAGUGGGCGGUGCCUCUCAUCGUCGUGGGCGUACUCGCUGCUCUGGGCCUCGGGUUGGGCCUCGGGUUGGGGUUGGGCCUGAAGAGCGGCGGUGACGAUGACGACGCACACGGCGCAGCCACGCCUACAGGCAUGGCUCACGACGACGACGGGCACGACCAUGACCACAGCACUGACCAUGCCGGCGAGGAGCACAUUAUCGACGAGGGCCAGACGACUGUCGCUUGGACCGCCGGCUUUGACGAGGAGGCAAAGCGAACUCUUGGCGGGUUCCACGCCGGUGACAAGCUGGUCUUCACCUGGGACGAGUGCUGCCACAACGUGGUGCUGAUGCCUGACAAGGCGGCGAUGGAUGCGUGCGACUUCACCAAUGCUCAAGUGCUCGCCGGCGAAGACGAGUCCGGGUACAGCUACAGCUUCCCCGAGGGCGCGUCCGCUGUCUACUUUUCGUGCAGCAUCGGUCUUCACUGCCAGAAUGGCCAGGUGCUGGCGGUCGCUGCGCACACGGGCGACGAUCCACAUGGUUCUGAGGACCUCCAUUCCGGUCAUGAACCAGAGGAGGACGAUCACUCUGAAGGGGAUGGCCACGACCAUGACCACGGAGGCAGCGGCUACGGCCGCAAGCUCUGA